AUGGCCCUUGAGGAUAUCCACAAGACGGCGUUCCGCACACAUGAUGACCUUUUUGAGUUUGUGGUGAUGGCCUUUGGUUUGACCAAUGCCCCAACAACGUUCCAAGUACUCAUGAACGACGUCCUCUGUCCCUACCUUCGCCGGUUUGUGCUUGUGUUCUUCGAUGAUAUCUUGAUCUACUGCUCGUCCUGGUCGGAUCACCUUGGUCAUGUCAAGCUCGUCUUGGAGGCUAUGCACACACAUCAGUUGUUUCUCAAGCGCUUGAAGUGUUCUUUUGGGGAGGAAACCAUGGCUUAUUUGGGACACGUCAUCUCCGCUGCAGGAGUUGCCAUGGAUAGAGACAAGGUUCUCGCCGUGGUGGACUGGCCGGUUUCGCGCAUCAUCCGUGCUGUGCGUGGUUUCUUAGGUCUGGCGGAUACUACCGCAAGUUCAUUCGGGAUUUUGGCACCAUUGCAGCUCCCUUCACAGCACUCCUCAAAAAAGACGGAUUUCUUUGGACACGUGCAGCGACUACUGCCUUUGAAGCUCUCAAGACAGCUCUUACCACCGCCUCUGUGCUUCAGCUGCCGGAUUUUGCAGUGUCUUUCAUUGUGGAGUGUGAUGCCUCUGGAUCGGGUUUCUGGGCAGUCCUGCAUCAAGGUGGCGGCCCCAUUGCCUAUUUCAGGAAAACCAUCGCCCCCAUUGCCUAUUUCAGCAAAACCAUCGCCCCGCGCCAUGCUUCACUCGCCGCUUACAAGCGGGAACUCAUUGGUCUGGUGCAUGCCGUGCGCCACUGGCGGCCCUAUCUUUGGGGACGUGUGUUCAUUGUCAAAACUGACCACUACAGCCUUAAGUUUUUACUGGACCAACGCCUCGCUACCAUUCCUCAGCAUCAUUGGGUGGGCAAGUUGUUGGGGUUCGACUUUACGGUGGAAUAUAAACCAGGUCGCCAAAACAUCGUCGCCGACGCUCUUUCUCGCCGUGAUGCUCUUGCUGCCCAGGCACUCGCCAUAUCCGGGCCUGCUUUUGAUCUGUUCGAAGCUCUUCGUCAGGCUGCUCACACGGACCCAGCACUCGUCGCAUUACGUGAACAACUCGAAUCUGGUGAGUUGGGCCAGCCUUCGGCUUUCGUGGAUGGUAUUGUCACCGUCCAACAACAAGCUUAUGUGCCACCUGCGUCGCCGCUGGUCGGGGAGGUCCUGGCUGCAGCCCAUGAUGCGGGCCAUGAAGGUUUGUCAACGCAACAAGACGGAGCAUCUUCAUCCAGCCGGCUUGUUGCAGCCCUUGACAGUUCCAUCUCGUGUCUGGGAAGACAUCUCCAUGGAUUUCAUUGAGGCACUUCCUAAGGUAGGCGGCAAGAGUGUGAUCCUGACUGUCGUGGACCGUUUCUCCAAGUAUGCACAUUUCUUACCCUUGGUGCAUCCGUACACUGCUGAGUUUAUUGCUAAAGCCUUCUUCUCCAACAUUGUCCGACUUCAUGGGUUUCCAACAUCCAUCGUGUCGGACCGGGAUGUGGUUUUCACUUCGGGCUUUUGGAAGGCUCUGUUUGCCACCACAGGGACGCGCUUGCACAUGAGUUCGGCCUUCCAUCCACAGUCUGAUGGACAAUCGGAGGCCGUGAAUCGCGUCAUCACUAUGUACCUGCGUUGCAUAACGGGGGAUCGCCCACGGCAGUGGCUACAAUUGUUACCUUGGGCGGAGUACUGCUACAACAGUUCGUACCAUUCAGCAUUGAAGCAUACUCCUUUCAGGGUGGUUUAUGGACGGGAUCCCCCCUCACUCCGGGACUAUACGCCAGGCGAAAUUCGCAAUCAGGCGGUGGAACGGCAGCUCGUCGACCGCGAUCAGUUCUUAAUCGACAUCCGUGAGCGUCUCCUUCAGGCAGCACAACAGUACAAGCAUUACUAUGAUGAUAAGCAUUGGGCCCUUUCUUUUGAUAUUGGCGAGUGGGUUUGGCUACGUCUUCAGCACCGUCCGGCUGCAUUCCUUGGGAGUAGGCGCUAAAGGGAAGUUGGCUCCCAAAUAUUAUGGGCCUUUCAAAGUCCUCGCUAAAAUUGAUACGGUUGCUUACUGUUUGGAGCUACCCCCAUGCGCGCGCAUUUACAAUGUCUUCCAUGUCGGAGUCCUGAAGAAAUACCAUGGUGAGCCACCAGAAGUUCCGCCGAUGCUUCCCCGCUGUUUCAAGCUCGAGUACAUCCAACUCCUGUCCAAGCAUUGCGUGCUCGUAUUGCCCGCGGCGUUCAACAGGUGCUCAUUCAAUGGGAGGGCCAGCCGGCGUCUGCUGCAUCAUGGGAGGAUGUCACCACCUUCAGUGAUCAUUAUCCGAGUUUCCAGCUCGAGGACGAGCUGUUUCAGAAUGGAGGGGGAGAUGUCAUGUGGGGUCAGCCCUAUAGGCGCAAGGCAGGCCCCACGCAGUCUGGGCCUGCACCGGCCUAAACUAUGGCUUAGUUUAAUUAUAGAAGUUGUGUUAGAUUAGGAGUUUGGGUUAGUUGGAAAGGUUUAGUCCCGUAGAAGGUUACCCUACCAACUCCCAAUUAGAGUAGGAGUUUAGUCUUGUAAUCAGACUUUAUAUAGCCUGCUUUUGGAUCAAUAAAAUUAAGCAGAAACAAUCUAAUCUCUCACCUCUAUGCUCCUGCGCCCCGGCGCCUCUCCUCACCCCCUUCUCCAGCGAUAGGCCGGGUGAGGGAUUCGCCCUCGGCCUCCCGUCUCUUACGACUACAACCUCCUCUCCAACCCACCAUCCCCUGACAGUGUCACUCUUCUUUAGAAAGAAAUAUUAAUAUAUUCGUUACCACUGUAAUAUGAUAUCUCAAUUAGGGUGUGUGUGGGUAUGUGUGUGCCCGUGUAGCUGGUCUAUUUGCAAAUGAAACUGCUCCAAGAAAAGGCUGGAUUUUUUGCUUAUGUAUGUUCAUGUUUGCCUUCAUGCUUUG